AGAGUUACAACAACAUGGGUACGGUCCUUUUAAGGGGGGGUAUCAGCACCCCCACCAUUUUGGGAGCCCAGGGGGUCAGCAGAAUCCUCACGAGGCCUCAGGGUUCCCUAGUCCUAGGUCGUUAGGGUAUCCUUUUCCUCCGAUGCACCAAAAUACUUAUGGUUAUCACUUAGGGUCUUAUGCGCCGCAGUGUGCCAGUCCGCCUAAAGACGAUCAACACGGAAAUGUCUCUUUUUCACAUCUAAACCACUACCUUGAAAAAUGCGGCCUCUCCGAUGACCCGGGGCUCCGCGUGAACGGCAAAGGCAAGAAGAUGCGGAAGCCACGCACGAUAUACUCCAGUCUUCAGCUACAGCAGCUGAACAGAAGGUUCCAGAGGACACAGUACCUUGCACUGCCUGAGAGGGCCGAACUAGCUGCGAGUUUGGGAUUGACGCAGACGCAGGUGAAGAUCUGGUUCCAGAAUCGGCGCAGCAAAUACAAGAAGAUGAUGAAAGCGGCUCAGGUGGGCGCCCCGCCGCCCAGCCUCGGUCUACCGCCUAGCAGUCCGCCCAAUAACAACCAGCUAUUACAUGGUGGAGGCGGCAGCUCAAGCGGUUCCCAGCACUCCCCCUCAGCAUACCAGAGUGGGGGCCCGGCGCAGGCUCACUCCCCCACUCCCAGUUCCACCCCGGUGUCGGAGCUAUCCCCCGGCCUGUCCCCCACCGGGACCCCGUGGGAUGUGAAGCAGCCGCCGCAGCAGUCUUGGGAUGUCAAGGUCGGAUAUCCGACGGCAGGCCGAUCACCGGACGGCAGCUCGUGUGAUGUGAAGCCGCCUCAUCAACAAUCUUGGGACCCGAGGGUCGGAUAUGAGGGUUAUUUCGCGCCUCAAACGGAUGACGUAGAAGGAUCGCCAGGCGCUGACGGCAUGAGGGGCCGACCUAUGCCUUGGAUGUUGAAGGGCGCGCCGCCCGGCCCCUGGGACAUGAAGGGCGCGCACGCUGCCCACGCGCUGCAUCACCAGGGAGCCCCGCAGCCGCAUCCGCCCUACGUGCCCCAGUACUCCUGGUACCAGACCGACGCCAACCCUGGGUUACUUACGGUAUGGCCCGCAGUUUAACAGCCCUCGCACAAACACAAAACUAACUAAAUUGUAAGUGUAUGUAUAUUCACAACAAAAUGGCGGACAGACAUGACAGCCAUCACAAAAUGGCGUCGUAUUAAUGGCGCGAAAGCAUCGGCACAACCAACUUUUAUUUUUAAGCAGAAUUAUUUAAUAGUAAUAAUGAAAUCAUUGUAAAUUUUUAUAAUUAAUUAUAAAUAGGGAAUAAAUUGUUCAUAAUGGUUACUGUAAAUGUAAUAAAUAUGUUAAUAAAACAGAUAUUGGUGGGUCAAAUGAUUAGAAACCUAAACAUAUUUAAAUAUUUUUUUGCCAACAGAUAAACUUUCUGCCUCAAUAAAUCUUACAGUUUUUUAGCAACCAAAUAUAAACUUUAUAUUUAUUUCACAUUCCAUCAUAUUAAAAUAUUUAUUAUAAUAUCUUCUAAGAAAUAAUUCGUUGACCCAUCAAUAAAGUAUUCCUAACAAUAACGUAACGUUUUGGAAACCCGAAUAGAAGAUAUCAGCCAAUCAAAAAUCGUGGAUCCUAAAGCGCUCGUUUCUGAUUGGCUAAUGAUCACGCGGCACUCUGAAAUGGACGAAUCACGUUAUUUGUCAACUUUGACAUAUGACAGAUGUGAAUGUGUUGGCUCUUUUAGUUUACCUUUUAGUUUCCCGGAAAAAUAAAUCUUUUGACAUUAUAUCUCAAGAUUUAAAUAUUUUUUGUUGAAUUUUGCCAUAAUUUCUGAUCUUACAAAUGGUUGAAAUUGUUGCUAUAAUUUUCAGAUGUCGACGGCAAAAUGUAAAAUUAUUUUGUUGGAAAUUUAUGU